UGCAAACGCAUUCAGGUGGAGCAACUCCACACUCGCUCUAGAAGUCAAAACGAGUUGAGCUCGAUCCAGGAUCCUUGGGCUCGUCGGGCGAAUUCAUCGGUCCGCCGCACCGUAAGCUCUUGUAUCGAUUCCUGCGAUUGUUGCUAGUAAAAGCCGUCCGGACACGUGUCAUUCGCAGCACGAUCGCCCGUCCAAUGGCCGCCUCUGUUUCCCUCCUCCACGUGGCGCAAACUCCGCCCGCCGCCCGCAUUGUGGCGGGCGCGCUAGCUGCACCGCUUUCGACUAGCCCGUCUUCCGCUCAUCAACUCCGCGCUGUUCCCGCGGAUUCCUCUCUCCGCGCAAUUAGUGCUUCCCCCUUUCACUCCGCCGUCGCCGCUACUUCCCGCCGCGCGCGAUUCACAGUCCGCGCUUCUUCCGCCGACGCCGACGUGUCGUCCGAGUCAGCAGCCGGCGAUUCCACGUCAGCAGCACCAGCCGCCGCCGCCACCACCGCCGUCGCCACGGCUGUUCCCCCUCCAGCUGCGGAAUCCCCGUCAGAGAUCCCGGCGGUAAUCGCGGAUGAAGCAGCAGCAGCCGACGCAGCGCCAGUCGCAGAGGAGGCGCCUAAGAGGCGGAGGCGCGCGCCGCCGAAGAAAUUAAAGCGCGAGGAGAAGGCGAUCGCGACGUGGGGGUGGGACGGGCGAUCGGCGAAGGAUCUAGAUGCGCUGGAGAGGUGGCUGCUAUCCAAGGGGCUGCCGCAGCAGAAGAUGGCGCUGAGGCUCGUGCGGGAGGGAGGAAGGGGGCUUGUGGCGACGGAGAAUAUUGGGAAAGGCGAGGGGAUUCUGAACAUUCCCGAGAAGCUGCUUAUAACGGGAGAAACGGUCUACAGCUGCCCGCGUGUGGGCGCUCAUCUCAAGGCGGCCAACGUGCCUGACUGGCCCGCGCUGGCUGCCUACUUGCUCAGCGAGGCGGGCAGAGGGCCGGCGUCGGAAUGGGCUGUCUAUAUCGAGACCCUGCCGCGUGCCCCUCCCUGCAUUCUGCAAUGGUCCAUCGACGAGGUGGAUGUGCUUCUAAAGGGGUCGCCCAUCAGGCAGCGUGCGAUUGAAGCCAUUGCUGACGUCACAAACACCUUCACAGAGCUGGACACUGCUAUCUUCUCGAAGCACAGGGACGUCUUUCCGGAGAAGCUUUUCACCCUCAACAAUUUCAAGUGGGCUUUCGCAGUCCUCUUUUCCCGCCUGGUGCGCCUCCCUUCGCGCAACAACCGUCUAGCCCUGGUGCCGUGGGGCGACAUGCUUAACCACCGAUGCGAGAUCGAGUCGUGCAUUGACGUGGACACGUGGAAAGGCAGCGUGGUAUUCAAGACAGACAGGGCGUUUGCCAAGGGCAAGGAGGUGUUUGUUUCCUACGGCCCCAAGUCCAACGGGGAGCUCCUUCUGGCCUAUGGAGUAGUUCCGGCCACUCGCAACCCCAGCGACUCCGUCUCUCUGCUGCUCGCCCUCUCGCCAGACGACCCCCUCCUGCCCGUGAAAGAGGCAGCGCUGCAAGCCAAUGGGCUGACAUGCCCGCUCUCCUUCCCCGUGCGCAUGGACGGCUGGCCAUCUCAGCUGCUCAACUUUGCCCGCCUGGUGGCAGCAGGCCCCUCCGUCUCCCAGGAACAGAUGCAGGAGCUUGCAGCAGCCACCUCUUUUGCCGGAACCCCUUCCUCCCCCUCCGCGCCUGCGGUCCGCGAGAAGCCUUCUCUGCCCUUCACCCCCUCCUUUACUCUGGAGCACGAGCUAGAGGCGAGGGAGGUGAUCCUCGCUGCAUGCCGCCUGGCUCUCGCUGGCUACUCCACCACUCUGCAGGAGGACGAGGCCCUACUGGAGGGCAACAGCGAUGACUACCUGGAGGACGAUGGUGAGCAGCGCGUGCGCGUGAUGGCUGCUGCGGCGCUGAGGAGCAGUGAGCGCCGCAUUCUGCUGCGAACAGACUUUGUGCUGCGCUCGGAGCUGAGGGACAUGCGCAACAUGCAGCAGGCCAAGGCAGGCGGCAAGCAGAAGAUCGACCUCGGCAACAACUUUGGCGGAGAGAGCGCCAGCUUUAUCGGCAAGAUCCUGAGGAGAAUAGCCCGGCCGUAGUGGCAUAGCUUCGGGUUGUUGCAUCAGACUGGUUGCAUCGGACGGGUGUUGCAUCUGGGCUCUAGAAGACAUUACCACAAAAGUGGUAAUAGGUAUGACAUUACCACAAAAGAGGUUUUAUUCCAAUACCGAUACUCUUUCAGACCAGGAGUUUUCAAGGUUGCAUGUUGUGCCUUCUGUAAUAGGUAAUUUGUAAAAGGCAUGCAGGAAACUAAUUAUAGGAU